CAGGUCUUGAACUACGGCCUGGGAGGAUUCUACGAGCCACACGUGGACUACUUCAGGGCUGAGCAGCCGACAGUGAUGGCUAACGGCCAGAGGAUUGUUACAUUCCUCUUUUAUCUUAGUGACGUUGAAGCUGGUGGAGCAACAGUCUUUCCUCGUCUGAAUCUGGCUGUCCCUGCAGUCAAAAACAGUGCCGUGAUGUUCCAUGAUUUAAAAAAGUCUUUAGAUUUUGAGGAGGAUUCACAGCAUGCUGGUUGUCCUGUUCUCAUGGGCUCUAAAUGGAUUGCGAACAAGUGGAUACAUGCGCACGGGAAUGAGUUCAGGUGGCCAUGUGGUCUCACACCGGAAGAGUGAUGAUCUCACACCAGCCUUGUGAAACUGAUGAAAGACAUAAGACAGGACAUGUAAUCUUUGACACAAUAAAAUUUUCAUUCAUAAUUCACAAUGUCUGACAGUGAAUGGACACCGGCUAAACCUUUAUCAACGAUAUCGUACGAAGCAGAAUUUCUAAAAUAAAUUCACCCAUUCACCAGUUUCCCAUCCCCAGAAUGCA